CUCGGGGGUUGCUGUUAAGAUGGCGGCGGCGGCAGGCGGCGGGCGACGGCGCUGACACGCUCUCCGUUCGCGGGGCGCAGCAGGCUCUAAAAUAGUCUGACGUAAGUGGAUUAGUGUGACUGAAGAACCAGAAGGUGUUACCCUUGACUGGCUCAGGUGAGGCAAAGGUGCCAGAACAGUGACUUGGAUAGCAGACCAGGCCAAGUAUGGAUUGGCUGUAAUUCCAGGGUCAGAAAGUAAAGCAUUUAUAAAAAUGAAAGUGGACAGAACUAAGCUGAAGAAAACGCCCACCGAGGCACCUGCAGAUUGCAGAGCCUUGAUUGACAAGCUCAAGGUUUGUAAUGAUGAACAGCUGCUGCUGGAACUUCAGCAAAUCAAAACAUGGAAUAUUGGGAAGUGUGAACUUUACCACUGGGUGGAUCUGCUAGACAGAUUUGAUGGCAUCCUGGCAGAUGCUGGGCAGACAGUGGAGAACAUGUCAUGGAUGCUGCUGUGUGACCGGCCAGAGAGAGAGCAGCUGAAAUCCUUGCUUUUGUCAGUGCUGAACUUCACCGCCCUGCUCAUAGAAUACAGCUUUUCUCGCCACUUGUACAGCUCUAUUGAGCACUUGACAACGUUGUUGGCAUCUUCUGAUAUGCAAGUGGUGCUUGCGGUGCUGAACCUCCUGUAUGUGUUCAGCAAGCGCUCCAAUUACAUCACGCGCCUUGGCUCAGACAAGAGGAUGCCUCUUCUGUCCCGCCUGCAGCACUUGGCAGAGAGUUGGGGUGGCAAAGAGAAUGGCUUUGGCUUGGCAGAAUGCUGUCGAGAUUUGCACAUGCUGAAAUACCCUCCCAGUGCAACUACACUACACUUUGAAUUCUAUGCAGAGCCAGGGGCCGAGAUCAAAGUGGACAAAAGGACUGCCAGCAACACACUACAUUAUAUUCACAUAGAACAGCUUGACAAGAUUUCCGAAAGCCCCUCUGAAAUUAUGGAAUCCCUCACCAAAAUGUACAGCAUCCCAAAAGAUAAACAGAUGCUGCUGUUUACACAUAUUCGCCUGGCCCAUGGCUUUUCCAAUCAUAAAAAGCGGUUGCAAGCUGUUCAAGCCAGGCUGCAUGCCAUUUCUAUAUUAGUGUACUCAAAUGCCUUGCAAGAGUCCGCCAACAGUAUACUAUACAACGGGUUGAUAGAGGAGCUAGUGGAUGUGCUGCAGAUAACAGACACACAGUUAAUGGACAUUAAAGCUGCCUCGUUGAGGACGUUGACUUCCAUUGUGCACUUGGAGCGGACUCCGAAACUCAGCAGUAUUAUUGACUGUACUGGAACUGCCUCCUACCAUGGGUUUUUGCCAGUCCUGGUCCGGAACUGUAUACAGGCCAUGAUUGAUCCUUCCAUGGAGCCAUAUCCUCACCAGUUUGCCACGGCACUCUUCUCAUUCUUGUACCACCUGGCAAGCUACGAUGCUGGAGGCGAAGCUCUGGUCUCCUGUGGCAUGAUGGAAGCCUUAUUGAAGGUGAUCAAGUUCUUGGGGGAUGAACAGGACCAGAUCACUUUUGUGACCCGAGCUGUCCGUGUGGUGGACUUAAUCACAAACCUAGACAUGGCAGCUUUCCAGUCUCACAGUGGCCUCUCUAUCUUCAUCUACAGACUAGAGCAUGAGGCAGACUUGUGCCGGAGGGAAUGUCCCUUUGUAAUAAAGCCAAAGAUCCAGAGACCUGCAGCUUCUGCUGUUGCUGCUACCCAAGAGGGUGAAGAGAUGGAGACAGACAUAGAAGUCUCUGAUGUGGCCAUGGAGAGCAGCCCGGGCCCUUCCGCCUCUGGAGAGCCUCAGCAGGAAGCAGCGGCGGAGGCGAGGGCCCCAAGUGCCGUCACUCCCGGCUGCAGCAGCAGUAGCACAAGCACCAUUGUCUCACCCCGAAGUGGUGUCCAGUGUAUCCCUCAGCGGGCAGCACUUCUCAAGUCUAUGUUGAACUUCCUGAAAAAGGCCAUCCAAGACCCAGCUUUCUCAGACGGCAUACGCCACGUGAUGGAUGGUUCUCUGCCUACCUCUCUAAAGCACAUCAUCAGCAAUGCAGAAUAUUACGGGCCAUCACUCUUCUUGCUUGCCACUGAAGUUGUGACAGUCUUCGUGUUCCAAGAGCCUUCACUGCUGUCCUCACUACAGGACAACGGCUUAACGGAUGUCAUGUUGCAUGCUCUCCUUAUUAAAGAUGUUCCUGCCACACGCGAAGUUCUGGGUUCUCUCCCGAAUGUCUUCAGUGCUCUCUGCCUGAAUGCUCGUGGCCUCCAAUCCUUUGUGCAGUGUCAGCCUUUUGAACGCCUCUUUAAAGUGUUGCUGUCGCCUGACUACCUCCCAGCAAUGAGGAGGCGUCGCAGUUCAGAUCCGCUUGGGGACACCGCUUCCAAUCUUGGGAGUGCUGUGGAUGAGCUCAUGAGGCACCAGCCCACACUCAAGACCGAUGCUACCACAGCCAUAAUUAAGUUACUAGAAGAGAUCUGCAACCUGGGCCGAGACCCAAAGUACAUCUGCCAGAAACCCUCCAUUCAGAAGGCGGAUGGGACAGCCACUGCUCCUCCCCCUCGCUCGACUCACGCGGCCGAGGAAGCCUCCAGUGAAGAUGAAGAGGAGGAAGAGGUGCAAGCGAUGCAGAGUUUCAAUGCCGUGCAGCAGAGCGAGGUGGAAUCCAGCCAGCAAGUGGUCGGUACAGAAGAACGGAUACCCAUUCCACUCAUGGAUUACAUCCUCAAUGUGAUGAAAUUUGUGGAGUCCAUCCUCAGCAAUAACACAACCGAUGACCACUGCCAGGAGUUCGUGAAUCAGAAGGGCCUGCUGCCCCUUGUCACCAUCUUGGGCCUGCCCAACCUCCCUAUAGACUUCCCCACCUCAGCAGCCUGUCAAGCUGUAGCUGGAGUCUGCAAAUCCAUAUUGGUAAGGAGGAGAAUACAACAUUUCCCUUUCCAGAAGACGCUCUCCCAUGAGCCCAAGGUCCUCCAGGAAGGUCUCCUCCAGCUGGACUCCAUCCUCUCUUCCUUGGAGCCUCUGCACCGGCCUAUCGAGGCCCCGGGCGGCUCAGUCCUGCUGCGAGAGUUGGCGUGUGCAGGCAACGUGGCUGAUGCCACCCUUUCCGCCCAGGCCACGCCCUUGCUCCACGCCCUCACUGCUGCCCAUGCGUACAUCAUGAUGUUUGUUCACACCUGCCGGGUGGGACAGAGUGAGAUCAGAGCCAUUUCGGUCAACCAGUGGGGCUCCCAGUUGGGACUGAGCGUUCUGAGCAAGCUGAGCCAGCUCUACUGUUCUCUCGUAUGGGAAAGCACUGUGCUGCUGUCACUCUGCACUCCAAACAGUUUGCCUUCAGGCUGUGAAUUUGGCCAGGCUGAUAUGCAAAAACUGGUACCAAAGGAAGAGAAGGCAACCCCCAAUGCCACCCCAGGAGCCAAAAAAGCAGAUGGUGAACCAGAAGCAGUAGCUGCUGGGACUGUGGAGGCCUCUGCUCAAGGGCUGCUUGAAGGAAUUGGCCUAGAUGGUGACACUCUGGCACCUAUGGAGACAGACGAGCCCAGUUCUUCUGAUCCCAAGGGGAAGUCGAAGAUCACCCCAGCCAUGGCAGCCAGGAUCAAGCAGAUCAAGCCCCUUCUGUCAGCCUCCUCUAGAUUAGGCCGUGCCUUGGCUGAACUAUUUGGGCUGCUGGUUAAGCUGUGUGUGGGUUCUCCCGUACGGCAACGUCGGAGCCACCAUGCCGCUAGCACCACUACUGCUCCCACCCCUGCUGCUCGCUCAACAGCCUCUGCGCUGACCAAGCUGCUUACAAAGGGGCUUUCUUGGCAGCCCCCACCUUACACCCCCACGCCCCGUUUCCGUCUGACUUUUUUUAUCUGCUCUGUGGGCUUCACAUCCCCAAUGCUGUUUGAUGAGAGGAAGUAUCCCUACCACCUUAUGCUGCAGAAAUUCUUAUGCUCUGGGGGCCACAAUGCACUCUUUGAGACUUUCAACUGGGCCCUGUCCAUGGGUGGCAGAGUUCCCGUCGCUGAAGGGCUAGAGCACCCAGACUUGCCUGAUGGCACAGGAGAAUUUCUGGACGCUUGGCUUAUGUUGGUGGAGAAGAUGGUGAAUCCUACCACCGUGCUGGAAUCGCCCCACUCGUUGCCUGCUAAGCUGCCAGGUGGGCAGAACUACCUGCAGUUCAGUGCGCUGCGUUUCCUUGUGGUGACCCAGAAGGCGGCCUUCACAUGCAUCAAAAACUUGUGGAACCGCAAGCCCCUGAAGGUCUAUGGAGGCCGUAUGGCAGAGUCCAUGUUGGCCAUCCUUUGCCACAUCUUGCGUGGGGAGCCAGUCAUUCGUGAACGCCUUGGCAAGGAGAAAGAGGGCGCUCGCAGUGAGGAGGAGGCUGGGCAGGAGGAGGGUGGGGCUCGAAGGGAGCCUCAGGUGAACCAACAGCAGCUGCAGCAGUUGAUGGAUAUGGGCUUUACUCGGGAGCAUGCUAUGGAGGCUCUGCUGAACACCAGCACUAUGGAGCAAGCCACAGAAUACCUGCUGACCCAUCCUCCACCACUCAUGGGUGGGGUUGUGAGGGAUCUGAGCAUGUCUGAAGAAGAUCAGAUGAUGAGGGCGAUCGCUAUGUCCCUGGGACAGGACAUCCCCAUGGAUCAGAGAGCAGAAUCCCCAGAGGAAGCUGCUUGCCGGAAGGAGGAAGAGGAACGCAAGGCCCGGGAGAAGCAGGAGGAGGAAGAAGCCAAGUGUCUGGAGAAGUUCCAGGAUGCUGAACCCCUGGAGCAAGAGGAGCUUCACAGCUUUACGGACACUAUGCUUCCGGGCUGCUUCCACCUGCUGGACGAGUUGCCAGAUACAGUGUACCGUGUCUGCGAUCUCAUCAUGACAGCCAUCAAACGCAAUGGGGCUGACUACAGAGAUAUGAUUCUCAAGCAAGUGGUGAAUCAGGUUUGGGAAGCUGCUGAUGUGCUGAUCAAAGCAGCUUUGCCCCUGACCACCAGUGACACCAAGACUGUAUCGGAGUGGAUCAGCCAGAUGGCCACCUUACCUCAGGCCUCCAACCUGGCGACACGCAUCUUGCUGCUAACUUUGCUCUUUGAGGAGCUGAAAUUACCAUGCGCUCGAGUGGUGGAGUCAAGUAGCAUUCUCAACAUUUUGAUCAAGCUUUUAGAAGUGGUGCAGCCCUGCCUGCAGGCAGCCAAGGAACAGAAGGAAGUGCAAACGCCAAAGUGGAUCACCCCAGUGCUGUUGCUGAUUGACUUCUAUGAGAAGACGGCCAUCUCCUCCAAGAGGAGAGCCCAAAUGAACAAGUACCUCCAGGCCAAUGGCAAUAACUGGCGCUGGUUUGAUGAUCGCUCAGGUCGUUGGUGUAGCUACAGCGCAAGCAACAACAGUACUAUUGAUACAGCAUGGAAAGCGGGCGAGACCAGUGUUCGCUUCACUGCUGGUCGUCGGCGCUACACAGUGCAGUUCACCACAAUGGUACAGGUGAAUGAAGAAACUGGGAACAGGCGCCCAGUGAUGCUGACCUUGCUCAGGGUACCCCGGCUAAACAAGAGUACCAAGGAAGCCAAUGGACAAGAGCUGGAGAGAACCUUGGAAGAAGGGAAGGAGGUUGAAAGCAAACCAAAGGAGGAGAAGGCAAACGAUAGUCCUGUGCCUGUUGACAGCCUGGCUCCAGAGAAAGAAACAUCUGCAGAUGAGGCCAAGCCCUCAGAGAUCCUCAUCCAGGGUCUGGCUGAGGAAAUGGUGAUGGUGUUGAUUCGGGCCUGUGUCAGCAUGUUGGGUGUGCCUGUGGAUCCAGACACACUUCAUGCCACGUUGCGCCUCUGUUUGCGCCUCACCCGGCACCACAAAUACGCUAUGAUGUUCGCCGAGCUCAAGAGCACACGCAUGAUCCUGGGCUUAACACAGAGCUCUGGCUUCAAUGGCUUCACGCCUCUUGUCACCCUGCUCUUCCGGCACAUCAUUGAAGACCCCUGUACUUUGCAUCACACCAUGGAAAAGGUUGUGCGCUCAGCAGCAACCAGUGGAGCAGGGAGCACAACUUCAGGUGUUGUGUCGGGUAGCUUGGGCUCUCGGGAGAUUAAUUACAUCCUGCGGGUGCUGGGCCCAGCUGCUUGCCGCAACCCUGAAAUCUUCACUGAUGUAGCCAACGGAUGCAUCCGCAUUGCCUUGCCUGCUCCUCGUGGAUCUGUUACUGCUUCAGACGAUGAGUUUGAGAACCUGCGAAUCAAGGGCCCCAAUGCUGUACAGCUGGUGAAAACCACUCCAGUGAAGCCCUCAUCACUCCCCGUCAUACCCGAUACUAUCAAGGAGGUGAUCUACGACAUGCUGAAUGCCCUGGCUGCUUACCACGCCCCUGAUGAAGCCGACAAGUCAGAGCCCAAGACGAGCACUGCUAACCAGGAGGUGAGCCAGAUCCUGCAAGACAUGGGGGAUGACGUGUACCAGCAGUACCGAUCUCUGACCCGUCAGGGCAGCGACUUUGAUUCCCAGACAGGCUUCGGCAUUAACGCUCAGGUCUUUGCAGCUGACAGUACAGCAACUGAGACUCCUCCGUCUGGAACUCCCCAAGGAGAUGCUUCCACUCCUGAAGACUCAAGAGAAAAUAAGAAGGAUAAAGAGGGUGAUAAGGCAACAGAAGAGAACAAACAGAAGGCCAAGGGAAGCAAGCCUCUCAUGCCAACCUCCACCAUCCUGCGGCUGCUGGCAGAGCUUGUGCGUUCCUACGUAGGCAUUGCCACCUUAAUUGCCAACUACAACUACACUGUGGGGCAGUCUGAGCUCAUUAAAGAGGACUGCAGUGUGUUGGCCUUCGUUCUGGACCACCUGCUUCCUCACACUCAGAAUGCAGAAGAUAAAGACACGCCAGCCCUGGCACGCCUCUUCCUAGCUAGUUUGGCUGCAGCAGGUAGUGGUACCGAUGCCCAGGUGGCUCUGGUGAAUGAGGUGAAGGCAGCCUUGGGCCGAGCUCUAGCUAUGUCAGAGAGCACCGAGAAGCAUGCCAGGCUGCAGGCCGUCAUGUGUAUCAUCAGCACCAUUAUGGAGUCCUGCCCGUCCACCUCCAGUUUCUACAGCAGCGCCACAGCCAAGACGCAACACAAUGGCAUGAACAGCGUCAUCCGACUCUUUCUCAAGAAGGGGUUGGUCAAUGACUUGGCCCGCGUGCCCCACAGCCUCGAUCUCUCCAGUCCCAACAUGGCUAACACAGUGAAUGCAGCCUUGAAGCCCCUAGAGACACUGUCACGGAUUGUCAACCAGCCCAGCAGUCUCUUUGGUAACAAAAGUGCCUCAAGCAAGAGCAAGGCAGAGCAGGAUGCUCAAGGAGCAGCACAGGAUGCUAACAGUGGCCCGCAAGAUGCAGGAGGGAGUGGAGAAGUGGAGGCCCCAGAGGAGGACCAUGACGCUGCCCAGGCCGAGGGAGCAGAUGGCGACAUCAUGGAUGGUGAAACAGAGAGCGAUGCUGUGGUGAUUGCUGGGCAGCCUGAGGUGCUGAGCACACAGGAGAUGCAGGUGGAAAAUGAGCUGGAGGAUCUGAUAGAUGAGUUACUAGAGCGAGAUGGUGGCUCGGGGAACAGCACCAUAAUUGUGGGUCGAAGUGGGGAGGAUGAAUCUCAGGAGGAUGUGUUGAUGGAUGAGGCACCUUCCAAUCUGAGCCAGGCUUCCACCUUGCAGGCCAACAGGGAAGAUUCUAUGAAUAUCUUGGAUCCUGAGGAUGAAGAGGAACACACACAGGAAGAAGACAGCAGUGGCAGCAACGAGGAUGAAGAUGACAGCCAGGAUGAAGAGGAGGAGGAGGAGGAGGAAGAUGAAGAUGAUCAGGAUGAUGAAGAGGGUGAGGAAGGUGAAGAGGAGGAAGACGACGAUGAUGGCUCUGAGAUGGAAUUAGAUGAAGACUACCCUGACAUGAAUGCCUCCCCAUUGGUGCGUUUUGAGCGCUUUGACAGGGAAGAUGACCUCAUCAUAGAGUUUGACAACAUGUUCUCCAGUGCCACGGAUAUCCCCCCAUCUCCUGGCAACAUUCCCGCCACUCAUCCACUUAUGGUGCGACAUGCGGACCAUAGCUCCUUGACCUUGGGUAGUGGUUCCUCUACUACCCGAUUGGCACAGGGCAUUGGCCGCAGCCAGAGGACGCUUCGGCAGCUGACGGCUAACACAGGCCACACUAUCCAUGUGCAUUAUCCUGGCACCCGGCAGCCCAACCCACCUCUCAUCUUACAGAGGCUGCUGGGCCCUUCAGCUGCUGCAGAUAUUCUUCAGCUAAGCAGCAGUCUCCCACUGCAGAGUCGAGGUCGAGCUCGCCUCUUAGUUGGCAACGAUGACGUACACAUAAUUGCUCGCUCAGAUGAUGAACUGCUGGAUGACUUCUUCCACGACCAGAGCACAGCUACCAGCCAGGCAGGGACCUUAUCAAGCAUCCCCACAGCCCUGACCCGCUGGACAGAAGAAUGUAAAGUGCUAGAUGCAGAAAGCAUGCAUGACUGUGUUUCAGUGGUGAAAGUUCCCAUCAUCAAUCACUUGGAAGCACUGAGGGACGAGGAGCUAGAGGAACGCAGAGAAAAGAGACGCAAGCAGCUGGCUGAGGAGGAAGCAAAGGGGACCGACAAGGCCAAGGAGGUGGAGGACAAGGAGCAGAAUGCCCAGGGGCCGGUACCCCAGUCAAACAGUUCUGCUGAGCAAAACCUCCCAGAUGGUGCCGCCCACCCGGAUGGCUAUCCUGCAGUCCCGACUGCCGCCGAAGACACCUCGGCUGGCCCCAAGCAGACUCUGGUCACCCUGGAGAGCCCCCAGCAGCAGCAGCAGCAGGCGGCGGCGACAGGGGCAGGAGAGCUCCCCUCUGAGCUGGUGGGGCAGUCCAGCGCCCAAACCUCUGGGCAGCUGCUGAUGCCUGUGGAGCAGGAAGACUCGGGCCCUGGGAGGCCGAGCGCAGAUGCUGAGGCCACGCAGAUGGAGCUUUCACCUGCCCCCACCAUCACCUCCCUGUCCCCGGAGAGGGCCGAAGACUCUGAUGCCCUGACGGCUGUCAGCAGCCAGCUGGAGGGCUCGCCCAUGGACACCAGCAGCCUGGCCUCUUGCAACCUUGAAGAAGGCGUUGGGGAAGGGGGCGGGACCGGCAGUGCAGAGCACGUGGGCACAGGCCCCGGUGCAGCAGCAGCUGAUGCAGUCCAGCAAGGUCCCAAUGCCCAGACCCUUCGGGAGGGCCGGCCUGAUGCCAGCCAGCAGGUGGAUGACGGCUCCCCACCUGCCUCCUUGUCUGAGAGCUCCACCCCCAGGGAUUCUGCUGUGGCCAUCGCAGGAGCUGAUUCUCGGGGCAUCUUGGAAGAGCCACUGCCCUCCACCAGCAGCGAGGAAGAAGACCCCUUGGCAGGGAUAAACCUCCCAGAGGGUGUAGACCCGUCCUUUCUGGCUGCGUUGCCUGAUGAUAUCCGGCGUGAGGUGCUGCAGAAUCAGCUGGGAAUCCGGCCUCCUGCUCGAACUGUUCCUACCACUACGGCUACUACUCCAACCCCUCCUGUGGUGGGCAACCCUGGUGUGACUGAAGUCAGCCCAGAGUUCCUGGCUGCACUGCCACCUGCAAUCCAAGAGGAGGUGCUGGCUCAGCAGCGGGCAGAACAGCAGCGGCGGGAAUUGGCCCAGAGCACCAGCUCGGACACACCCAUGGAUCCCGUGACCUUCAUUCAGACAUUGCCCUCCGACCUGCGCCGCAGCGUGCUGGAAGAUAUGGAGGACAGCGUCCUGGCUGUCAUGCCUCCUGACAUUGCUGCUGAGGCGCAGGCUUUGAGGCGUGAGCAGGAAGCGCGCCAGCGCCAGCUCAUGCACGAGCGCCUCUUUGGCCACUCCAGUACCUCAGCCUUGUCGGCCAUCCUGCGAAGCCCAGCCUUCACAAGCCGACUGAGUGGAAACAGAGGGGUCCAAUAUACACGCCUAGCUGUACAGAGAGGAGGUGCCUUCCAGAUGGGCGGUAGCAGCAGCCACAGCAGGCCCUCUGGCAGCACCGUGGACAGCCUGCUGCGUUUGCGUGGGCGCCUUCUGCUAGACCACGAGGCCCUGUCCUGCCUGCUGGUACUUCUUUUUGUGGAUGAGCCAAAGCUGAACACGAGCCGGCUGCAUCGAGUGCUACGGAACCUCUGCUACCACGCGCAGACACGGAGCUGGGUAAUCCGUAGCCUGCUGUCCAUCCUGCAGCGCAGCAGCGAGAGCGAGCUGUGCAUAGAGACUCCUAAAGGAGCUGCGGCCCCUGAUGACAAAGGCAAGCGGACCACCAAGGCUUGCGCCACUGACAGUCGGCCGCUGGACCUUCUGCACAAGGUGGAGUCCAAGAGCUCGGGGCAGCUGUCAUGGCUCUCCGUCUCGAUGGAUGCUGCCCUGGGCUGUCGAACCAACAUCUUCCAGAUCCAGCGAGCAGGGGGGCGGAAGCACACAGAGAAGCAUGCUGCUGCUGGUUCCACCGUUCACAUACACCCCCAGGCAGCCCCUGUGGUCUGUCGACACGUCCUCGAUACUCUCAUCCAGCUUGCCAAGGUGUUUCCCAGCCACUUCACACAGCAGCGGACCAAAGAGACCGGCUGCGAGAGUGACCGAGAGCGGGGCACCAAGCCGUUGGGCAGCCCUUGCCUGGGCCAGAUAGGUGCUAGUGGCCUUUCCACCGACUUUUGGGACUUGCUGGUCAAACUGGACAACAUGAACGUUAGUCGCAAGGGCAAGAACUCCAUCAAAUCUGUGCCUGUGAGCUCCGGCUCAGAGGGGGAGAGUUCCCCCAACAGCCUGGAGGCCUCUCCUCUGGGCCAGUUGAUGAACAUGCUGUCCCAUCCGGUCAUCCGGCGGAGCUCCCUGCUGACCGAGAAGUUGCUACGCCUGCUUUCUCUCAUCUCCAUUGCUCUGCCUGAGAACAAGGCCACAGUUGAGGGAACAGCCAACCACGCUGCUGCUGCCGCCGCCGCCGCCACCGCCACCACCAUCCCAGCACCUACCCCUGCCCUGGCUGCAGCUGCUGUGGCUGCCGCCACUGCAGCAGCCACCGCUGCUUCCAUUGCCACCUCUGGUGCCACCACAGUAACCACCAUGUCUGCUGCCCCCAUCACUGUGACUACUAUUGCAAAAAACAGCAAAUCACCAGCCAAGGUGAGCGACGGUGGAGGUGGGUCUGACAGCAAAAUGGCAGCUUCGGGCCUAACGGAGAACCAGUUACAGCUCUCUGUGGAGGUGUUGACGUCUCACUCCUGCUCUGAGGAGGGCCUAGAAGAUGCCGCCAAUGUUCUGUUGCAGCUGUCGCGAGGCGACCCAGCCACACGGGACACCGUGCUCAAACUCCUGCUUAACGGGGCUCAUCAGCUGGGCUACACUCUCUGCAAGCAGAUAGGUACUCUUUUGGCCGAGCUACGCGAGUACAACUUGGAGCAGCAGCGUCGAGCCCAGUGUGAGUCUCUGUCUCCAGAUGGGCUUCCUGAGGAGCAGCCUCAGACCACCAAAUUGAAAGGGAAGAUGCAGAGCAGGUUCGACAUCGCUGAGAACGUGGUGAUUGUUGCCUCACAAAAGCGCCCGCUGGGUGGCCGGGAGCUCCAGCUGCCCUCCAUGUCUAUGCUCACCUCGAAGACAUCUACUCAGAAGUUCUUCCUUCGGGUGCUGCAAGUCAUCAUCCAGCUUCGAGAUGACACGCGCCGUGCCAACAAAAAGGCAAAACAGACAGGCAGGCUAGGUACUUCCGGUCUGGGCUCAGUUAGCAGCAUCCAGGCCGCUGUUCGGCAGCUGGAGGCUGAGGCUGACGCCAUUAUACAAAUGGUACGUGAGGGUCAGAGGGCCCGGAGGCAGCAGCAAGCAACAACGUCGGAAUCAACCCAGGCAGAGGGCUCUGCGCGAAGAGAGGAAUCACCCAUGGACGUCGACCAGCCAUCGCCCACUGCACAAGACAACCCAUCAGCCGUCUCGGAAAGCCCCCAGCAGGGAGAGAAGGAGGAACGUCCUCCGGAUCUGCCGCUGCUCAGUGAGCAGCUCAGCCUUGAUGAAUUGUGGGACAUGCUGGGCGAGUGUCUGAAGGAGCUGGAAGAAUCCCAUGACCAGCAUGCUGUGCUUGUACUGCAGCCUGCGGUGGAGGCCUUCUUCCUGGUGCAUGCCACAGAGCGAGAGAGCAAGCCACCCGUGCGUGAUACCCGGGAAAGCCAGCUGGCUCACAUCAAGGAUGAACCCCCGCCCCUUUCGCCCGCCCCACUGACCCCGGCUACACCCUCUUCCCUUGACCCCUUUUUCUCUCGCGAGCCCUCCUCCAUGCACAUCUCCUCCAGCCUUCCCCCAGACACACAGAAGUUCCUCCGCUUUGCAGAGACUCACCGGACAGUCCUGAACCAGAUCCUGCGCCAGUCCACGACCCACCUGGCUGAUGGCCCCUUCGCUGUUCUCGUUGACUACAUACGUGUGCUGGACUUCGAUGUCAAACGGAAGUAUUUUCGGCAAGAGCUGGAGCGACUAGAUGAGGGGCUCCGGAAAGAAGACAUGGCUGUGCAUGUGCGCCGGGAUCAUGUUUUCGAGGAUUCUUACCGGGAAUUGCACCGCAAGUCACCUGAGGAAAUGAAAAAUAGAUUGUACAUAGUAUUUGAGGGGGAAGAGGGCCAGGAUGCUGGAGGUCUGCUGCGUGAGUGGUACAUGAUCAUCUCACGAGAGAUGUUUAACCCCAUGUACGCCCUCUUCCGAACGUCGCCUGGGGACCGAGUCACUUACACCAUCAAUCCUUCCUCUCACUGCAAUCCAAAUCACCUGAGCUACUUCAAGUUUGUAGGUCGCAUUGUGGCCAAGGCUGUGUAUGACAACCGGUUAUUAGAGUGCUACUUCACCCGCUCCUUCUACAAACACAUCCUGGGCAAAUCAGUCAGGUACACAGAUAUGGAGAGUGAGGACUAUCACUUCUACCAGGGCCUGGUGUACCUCCUGGAGAACGACGUCUCCACUCUGGGCUAUGAUCUCACCUUCAGCACUGAGGUGCAAGAAUUUGGUGUGUGUGAGGUGCGGGACCUGAAACCAAAUGGGGCCAACAUCUUGGUGACAGAGGAGAACAAGAAAGAAUAUGUGCACCUGGUGUGUCAGAUGCGAAUGACAGGAGCAAUCCGCAAGCAGUUGGCGGCCUUCCUGGAGGGCUUCUACGAGAUCAUCCCCAAACGCCUCAUCUCCAUCUUCACAGAGCAGGAGCUGGAGCUGCUCAUCUCGGGGCUGCCCACCAUUGACAUCGAUGACCUGAAAUCCAACACUGAGUACCACAAAUACCAAGCGAAUUCUAUCCAGAUCCAGUGGUUCUGGCGAGCACUACGCUCCUUUGACCAGGCAGACCGGGCAAAGUUCUUGCAGUUUGUCACGGGCACGUCCAAGGUGCCUUUGCAAGGCUUUGCUGCCCUCGAGGGCAUGAACGGGAUCCAGAAAUUCCAGAUCCACAGAGACGACCGCUCUACAGACAGACUGCCUUCUGCUCACACAUGUUUCAACCAGCUGGACCUCCCUGCCUAUGAAAGCUAUGAGAAGUUGCGUCACAUGCUGCUACUGGCCAUCCAGGAGUGCUCGGAGGGCUUUGGCCUGGCAUAAGGAUGGCUCCAGCGGCCAUAUUUUUCUACUGUCAGACUUGGGGAGCAACGGGAGGGAGUGGAACCGAGUGAUGCUCCUUUUCCAACCACCUGUGUGUGUGUGUGCGUGCCCUGCUGCCCCCUUACUGAAGAGAGCCAGAGACCCCCAGCCAGUCAGCUGUCUUUGGAGGCGGGGCUGGGGUGCAACCUGGAGAGAAAGACAAAUUAUAUAUAUAAAUAUAUAUAUAUUUUUUGGUUUAGUUUGCAUUUCUUAAUUUGUGCUUGGAAUGUGUUGAUGAGGCGGCGGGAGGGAGCAUUUGAAUUCUUUUGUUGGUCUCUUCCCUGGCACCCAUUUGCUGCUUGGAAGGAACCGAAGGUUUAAAAAAAUUCCAAAAAAGGAAAAAAAAAUUAAAAAAUAAAAGCGCA